AUGAGUGGAUUAAUGAUUAACAAACGCCUAAACAUAACGGCUUUAAUGACAACCGUAUCGACAGUUUGUGGUUAUUAUUGUUAUCAAAAACACGACAAACAACACAAACACACAUUUGCGGCAAACAAUCGACAAUUAAUACCUAACGUCGGGCUAAGAAUCGGCCGAAUGAGUGACAAACACAACAACUAUACCACCGAUGAUAUCGUCGAGCACUUCAUCAAACGUUUUGUGGCCAUAUAUAAGUCAAAAGGUUAUAACGCCGACAACAGCACCGCCUUUGAGUGGGGCUCCGGUAUUGUCAUCGAUAACCACUACAUACUGACCAACUGUCACGCGUCGGACGGCGCCGGAGGGGUCGACGUCUACCCCAUGGGGUGGGACUGGGAGGGAGACCUCGGCAUUAAAUAUCCGGCCAAAAAGGGACGAUUGGUGUACGCGGAACCCGACCUCGACUCAGCCCUCAUCCGCCUCAUACCCGACCAGUUGGACGUCGAGUCGGGCGUUCAGUUUGCGACGGGUGUAGAGGCCGGCGAACCGCUGGUCAUUAUCGGUAAUCCGCCUCUAAUUGACUUCUCUCCAGCCGUCGGUGUGGUCCGAAAUGUCGACCGCAGCGCCCAAUCCUUAUCGAUCGGCACCUAUCAAGUGGCUCACAAUUACCCGAGCGCUGACAGUCGGCAUCUGAUCCACGACUGUCCUCAAUAUGACGGCUAUUCUGGCGGUCCGGUCAUCAACACAGCCAAAGAAGUGGUCGGUUUGAUUUGGGGCAGUAUUAGUGACUUUCGCGAGAACUGUGCCAUACCUUCCCAAUCGGUGACCGCAUUCAUCUCAAGGGGACUGAAGUUUGAACUGAAGGACAGUGAGGACAGGCGUACAUAUCGGGCGUCAAAGUCGUUGGGAUUAGUGAUGAAAUCGGUGUCCGAUAUGAAGACAGUUCAGCGAAGAGUUUACGGCACAUUUGAUCCCACAAUUAACGCUCCAUUAGUUGUGAACAAAUCUUUGUUAAACAUUAACUGUCGGACCGAACAUACUUUUAAAAAGAGUGAUAUUAUCGUCGCUGUGAAUGAAAUGGCCGUCAAUUCUGUGUCUGAACUGAGAGAUUGCCUCCAAAAGUGUCCGACGGGUGAAGUCGUGGACAUAACUGUCAUCCGAUCUCUGGAUCCAACCAAUAGGACACAUAUUUAUGUCAAACCCGAACCCAUUAAAUCUAUAGAAUUUCAUAUCAAAAUUUGCCGAAUGGUCGACACAGACAAGUAUACCAUCGAUGAGAUAGUAGAAGAUUUCAAUGAUAAGUUUGUGAAGCUAUUCAAUGUGACCGGUUAUGACGCUAACGGCCAGAUUGACUAUUCCUACGGCUCCGGUAUUGCCAUCGACAAGGAGUACAUAUUGACCAACUGUCACGUGAUUGAUGGCCACCUGGAGCUGGAAGUGUGGCCAUUUGGGCGCGACUACAAGGGCGACGUCGAGCUCAGACCAUACUGUGAAAAUGGACAGUUGGUGUACGCGGAGCCCGAACUGGACGCAGCACUCGUCCGCAUACCGGGAGAGCUAGACUUAAAUUCCAUAAAGUUUGCGACGGGUGUAGAGGCCGGCGAACCGCUGGUCAUAAUCGGUAAUCCGCCUCUAAUUGAUUUCACACCAGCCGUAGGUGUGGUCCGGACUGUCGAUCGCAGCGCACAAACCCUAUCGAUCGGUGACUAUAAAGUGGCUCAUAAUUACCCGAGCGCUGACAGUCGGCAACUGAUCCACGACUGUCCUCAAUAUGGCGGCUAUUCCGGCGCUCCGGUCAUCAACACAGCCAAAGAGGUCGUGGGUUUAAUUUGGGGCGGCAUUAAUGUCUACCGCGAGAACUGUGCCAUACCUUCCCAUUCGGUGACCGCAUUCAUUGAAAGGGGACUGAAGUUUGAACUGAAGGACAGUGAAGACAGGCGUACAUAUCGGGCGUUCAAGUCGUUGGGAUUAAUUGUAAAAUCAAUGUCUGAGAUGAAAACAGAUCAGCGAAGAAGUGAUAUUAUCGUCGCUGUGAAUGAAAUGGCCGUCAAUUCUGUGUCCGAACUGAGAGAUUGUCUCCAAAAGUGUCCGACGGGUGAAGUCGUGGACAUAACUGUUAUCCGAUCUCUGGAUCCAACCAAUAGGACACAUAUUUAUGCCAAACCCGAACCCAUUCUAAAAACCGUUCAAAUGGUAGACACAGAGAAGUGCACCAUCGAUGAGAUAGUAGAGCAUUUCAUCUACAAGUUUGUGCUCCUCUACAAUACCAUAGGUUUUGACGCUGAGAAUGAGAUCAGUUGUUUAGGCGGUUCCGGUAUAGUCAUCGACAAAGAGUACAUAUUGACCAACUGUCACGUGAUUGAUGGCUACAAAUGUGUGGAUGUGCUGCCAUUUGGUGUGGACGUCGAGGGCAACACUGUUAUAAGCUAUCCAUCGGAAAAGGCACGGUUGGUAUACGCGGAGCCCGAGUUGGACGCAGCCCUCAUCCGCAUACCGGGCAUCGAGUUGGACAUUGAGGCCGUCGAGUUUGGCACGACUGGCGUAGAGGCCGGCGAACCGCUGGUUAUAAUCGGUAAUCCGGAGAUUGACUGCACGCCGGCCGUAGGUUUGGUGCAGACAGUUGGCCGCGUCGGACACACCAUCUCUGUGGGCAAUCACCACACUUUUCCCCAUUACGUGUGCGACGACUUCCCAAAUAUGAUGUUUGAUUGUCAGCAAUACAGCGGCUGUUCGGGCGGUCCGGUCAUCAACGCGGCCAAAGAGGUGGUCGGCCUGUUGUGGGGCGGCAUUGAUGUCUUCCGCGAGAACUGUGCCAUACCUUCGCAAUCAGUGACCGCUUUUAUUGAGAGGGGACUGAAGUUUGAACGCAAAGACGCGGAGGACAGGUAUGAAUACCAGACAUCAAAGUCGUUGGCAUUAAUUAUAAAAUCGGUGUCCGAUAUGAAGACUGUUCAGCGAAGAGUUUACGGCACAUUUGAUCCAACAAUUACCGCACCAUUCGUUUACAACACCGAACUCCUGAAGACUAACUCCGCGGCCAUAGAGACUUUUAUAGAGAGGGAUAUUAUCGUCGCUGUGAAUGAAAUGGCCGUCAAUUCUGUGUCCGAAUUGAGAGAUUGUCUCCAAAAGUGUCCGACGGGUAAAGAGCUGGACAUAACUGUCAUCCGAUCGCUCGAUCCCAACAACAAAACACAUAUCAAAAUCAAACCCAAACUCAUUUUCUGUUCAAACUACACCAUCGAUGAGAUAGUAGAGCACUUCAUCAAACGCCUAUUGGACAUCGAGGCCGUGGAGUUUGGGACGGGUGUAGUGCCCGGCGAACCGCUGGUCAUAAUUGGAAAUCCCGACAUUGACUUCACUCCGGCGGUGGGUGUCGUGCAGACUAUUGGCCGCAGUGGACACACCAUCUCUGUUGGCACUUAUGAAACUUUUCCCACAUAUGUGAGCAACAAUUGCCGGCACUUGACCUACGAUUGUCCGCAAUACGAAGGUUAUUCCGGCGCACCCGUCAUCAACGCGGCCCAAAAGGUGGUCGGACUCGUUUGGGGCGGCGUUAAUGACUAUCGCGAGAACUGUGCCAUACCUUCCGAUUCGGUGACCGCAUUCAUUGAAAGGGGACUGAAGUUUGAACGCGAAGACAAAGAGGACAGGUAUACAUACCAGACGUCAAAGUCGUUGGGAUUAGUUGUGAAAUCGGCGGCCGAUAUCAAUACUGUUCAGCAAAGAAUUUACGGCAGAUUUUAUCCUACAAUUACCGCACCAUUUGUUUGCCAUAAACUGAUGACCAACUCUUCAGCCAAAGAGGAUUUUAUAGAGAGUGAUAUUAUCGUCGCUGUGAAUGAAAUGGCUGUCAAUUCUGUGUCAGAACUGAGAGAUUGUAUCGAUAAGUGUCCGACGGGUGAAGAGUUGGACAUAAUUGUCAUCCGAUCUCUGAACCCAAACAACAAAAUACAUAUUAAAGUCAAAUCCCAACCCAUUGUCUGUCCAAACUACACCAUCGAUGAGAUAGUAGAGCACUUCAUCAAACGCCUAGUGCUAAUAUACACCAUCACUGGUUCUGACACUGAUAAUGAUCCCGAAUAUUUCAUGGGCUCCGGUAUUAUCAUCAACAAAGAGUAUAUACUGACCAACUGUCACGUGAUUGAUGGCUACAAAGAGAUCCCUGUCGUGGCGUUCGGCGUCGACUCCAAUGGCAACAUCGAAAUGAAACCUUCACCGGAAAAUGCAGAGUUGGUGUACGCGGAGCCCGAGUUGGACGCAGCACUCAUUCGCAUACCGGGCGUCGAGUUGGACAUCGAGGCCGUCGAGUUUGGGACCGGUGUAGUGGUCGGCGAACCGCUGGUCAUAAUUGGAAAUCCCGACAUUAACUUCACUCCGGCGGCGGGUGUGGCGCAGACUAUUGGCCGCAGCGGACACACCAUCUCUGUUGGCACUUAUGAAACUUUUCCCACGUAUGUGAGCGCCAAUUGUCGGCACUUGACCUACGAUUGUCCGCAAUUCAACGGAUAUUCGGGCGCACCGGUCAUCAACGCAGCCAAAGAAGUGGUCGGACUCGUUUGGGGCGGCGUUAAUGAUUAUCGCGAGAACUGUGCCAUACCUUCCCAUUCGGUGACCGCAUUCAUUGAAAGGGGACUGAAGUUUGAACUGAAAGACAGUGAAGACAGGCGUACAUAUCGGGCGUCAAAGUCGUUGGGAUUAGUGGUGAAAUCGUUAUCCGAUAUGAAUACUAUUCAGCAAAGAGUUUACGGCACAUUUGAUCUUACAAUUAACGCACCGUUUGUUUGCGAUAAACUGAUGAUCAACUCUUCGCCCAAAGAGACUUUCAUAGAGAGUGAUAUUAUCGUCGCUGUGAAUGAAAUGGCCGUCAAUUCUGUGUCCGAACUGAGAGAUUGUCUUCAAAAGUGUCCGACGGGUGAAGAGUUGGACAUAACUGUCAUCCGAUCUCUGAAUUCAAACAACAAAAUACAUAUCAAAGUCAAACCCGAACCCAUUAACUUUAAUGACAACCGUAUCCACAGUUUCAAUCAAUUCAAACACAUAUUUAUGGCAAACAAUCAACAAUUAAGACCUAAACUACAACUAAAAACCGUUCAAAUGUUGGACACAGAAAACUACACCAUCGAUGAGAUAGUAGAGCACUUUAUCACUCGACUGGUGAUCAUAUACAAUCUGACCGGUUUUGACUCUAAUAAUGACCCCGAUUAUUUCUGUGGCUCCGGGAUUGUCAUCAACAGAGAGUAUAUACUGACCAACUGUCACGUGAUUGAUGGCCACAAACAGAUCAAUGUCAUGGCGUUCAACGAUGACUCCCUGGACAUUGAGAUGAGCUAUCCAUCAGAAGAGGCAAUGUUGGUGUACGCGGAGCCCGAGUUGGACGCAGCACUCAUUCGCAUACCGGGCGUUGAGUUAGACAUACAGGCGGUGGAGUUUGGGACGGGUGUAGUGGCCGGCGAACCGCUGGUCAUAAUUGGAAGUCCCGACAUUGACUUCACUCCGGCGACGGGUGUGGCGAAGACAAUCGGCCGCAGCGGACAAACCAUAUCUGUCGGCACUUAUGAAACUAUUUCUACAUACGUGAGCGCCGAUUGCUGGCACUUGACCUAUGAUUGUCCGCAAUACAGCGGUUAUUCCGGCGGUCCGGUCAUCAAUGCGACCAAAGAGGUGGUCGGACUCGUUUGGGGCGGCGUUAAAGAAUAUCGCGAGAAAUGUGCCAUACCUUCCGAUUCGGUGACCGCAUUCAUUGAAAGGGGACUGAAGUUUGAACGCAAAGACAAAGAGGACAGAUAUAUAUACCAGACAUCAAAGUCGUUGGGAUUAGUUGUGAAAUCGGCGGCCGAUAUCAUGUCUGUUCAUCAAAAAUUUUACGGCACAUUUUAUCCCACAAUCACCGCACCAUUUGUUUGCGAUAAACUGAUGACCAACUCUUUAGCCAAAGAGGCUUUUAUAGAGAGGGAUAUUAUUGUCGGUGUAAAUGAAAUGGCCGUCAAUUCUGUGUCCGAACUGAGAGAUUGUAUUGAAAAGUGUCCGACGGGUCAAGAGUUGGACAUAAUUGUCAUCCGAUCUCUUAAUCCAAACAACAGAAUACAUGUUAAAGUCAAACCCCAACCCAUUUUAUCGCUUAUACAACUUAAACCACAACUAAAAACCGUUCAAAUGGUCGACACCAAGAGCUACACCAUCGAUGAGAUAGACAAGGAUUUCACCUACAAGUUUGUGCAAAUAUAUAAUGUAAUCGGUUAUUACGCAAACAACGAUAUUAACUAUAUGUCCGGCUCCGGUAUAGUCAUCGACAAGGAGUACAUACUGACCAACUGUCACGUGAUUGACGGCAACAAAUGGCUAGAUGUGGUGCCGUUUGCGCUCAACAUUGAGGGCGACGUCGAGAUGAAAUACCCCCUCGAAAAUGGACAGUUAGUGUACGCGGAGCCCGAACUCGACGCAGCACUGGUCCGCAUACCGGGCUAUUUGGACGUCAACGCCGUCGGGUUUGGGACGGGUUUAGAGGCGGGCGAACCGCUGGUCAUAAUCGGUAAUCCGCCGGACAUUGACUUUACGACCGCAACGGGUGUUGUGUGCGCUAUUGGCUGCAGCGGACACACCAUCUCUGUCGGCACUUAUGAAACAUUUUCUACGCUCGUGAGCCCAGAUUGUCAGCAACUGAUCAACGAUUGUCCGCAAUACACCGGCUAUUCGGGCGGUCCGGUCAUCAACGCGGCCAAAGAGGUGGUCGGACUCAUUUGGGGCGGCGUCGGUGUCUUUCGCGAGAACUAUGCCAUACCUUCCCAUUUGUUGACCGCAUUCAUUGAAAGGGGACUGAAGUUUGAACGCAAAGACAAAGAGGACAGGUAUACAUACCAGACAACAAAGUCGUUGGGAUUAGUUGUGAAAUCGGUGGCCGAUAUCAAUACUUCUCAUCAAAGAAUUUACGGCACAUUUUAUCCCACAAUUACCGCACCAUUCGUUUGCCAUAAACUGAUGACCAACUCUUCAGCCAAAGAGGCUUUUAUAGAGAGGGAUAUUAUCGUCGGUGUGAAUGAAAUGGCCGUCAAUUCUGUGUCCGAACUGAGAGAUUGUAUCGAAAAGUGUCCGACGGGUGAAGUCGUGGACAUAACUGUCAUCCGAUCUCUAAAUCCAAACAACAAAAUACAUAUCAAAGUCAAACCCCAACCCAUUGUCUGUUCAUUAUCGCUUAUACAACGUAAACUACAACUAAAAAGCGUUCAAAUGGUCGACACCGGGAACUACACCAUCGAUGAGAUAGACGAAGAUUUCACCUACAAGUUUGUGAAAAUAUAUAAUGCGGAUGGUUAUGACGCAGACAACGAUACUAUGUAUACCUGGGGCUCCGGUUUUGUCAUCGACAAGGAGUACAUACUGACCAACUGUCACGUGAUUGAUGGCAACAAAUGGUUGGAUGUGCUGUCGUUUGAGGUCAACAUUGAGGGCUACGUCGAGAUGAAAUACCCCCUCGAAAAUGGACAGUUGGUGUACGCGGAGCCCGAACUGGACGCAGCACUGGUCCGCAUACCGGGCUAUUUGGACGUCGACGCCGUCAAGUUUGCGACGGGCGUAGAGGCGGGCGAACCGCUGGUCGUUAUCGGGAAUCCGCCGUACAUUGACUUCACGACCGCAACGGGUGUUGUGCGCGCUAUUGGUAACAGCGGACAUGGCUUAUCUGUCGGCACUUAUGAAACAUUUUCUCUGCUCGUCAGCCCUAAUUGCCAACAACUGAUCCACGACUGUCCGCAAUACCACGGCUAUUCUGGCGGUCCGGUCAUCAACACAGCCCAAGAGGUGGUGGGACUCAUUUGGGGCGGCAUCGGUGACUUUAACGAGAGCUAUGCCAUACCUUCCCAUUCAUUGACCGCAUUCAUUGAAAGGGGACUGAAGUUUGAACGCGAGGACAAAGAGAGUAGGUAUACAUACCAGACAUCAAAGUCGUUGGGAUUAAUUGUAAAAUCGGUGUCCGAUAUGAAGACAGUUCAGCGAAGAGUUUACGGCACAUUUGAUCCCACAAUUACCGCACCAUUUGUUUACAACACUGAACUCCUGAAGACUAACUCCGCGACCACAGACAAACAAUACAAACACACAUUUAUGGCAAACAAUCAACAAUUAAGACGUAAACUACAACUAAAAAGCGUUCAAAUGGUCGACACCGGGAACUACACCAUCGAUGAGAUAGACGAAGAUUUCACCUACAAGUUUGUGAAAAUAUAUAAUGCGGAUGGUUAUGACGCAGACAACGAUACUAUGUAUACCUGGGGCUCCGGUUUUGUCAUCGACAAGGAGUACAUACUGACCAACUGUCACGUGAUUGAUGGCAACAAAUGGUUGGAUGUGCUGUCGUUUGAGGUCAACAUUGAGGGCUACGUCGAGAUGAAAUACCCCCUCGAAAAUGGACAGUUGGUGUACGCGGAGCCCGAACUGGACGCAGCACUGGUCCGCAUACCGGGCUAUUUGGACGUCGACGCCGUCAAGUUUGCGACGGGCGUAGAGGCGGGCGAACCGCUGGUCGUUAUCGGGAAUCCGCCGUACAUUGACUUCACGACCGCAACGGGUGUUGUGCGCGCUAUUGGUAACAGCGGACAUGGCUUAUCUGUCGGCACUUAUGAAACAUUUUCUCUGCUCGUCAGCCCUAAUUGCCAACAACUGAUCCACGACUGUCCGCAAUACCACGGCUAUUCUGGCGGUCCGGUCAUCAACACAGCCCAAGAGGUGGUGGGACUCAUUUGGGGCGGCAUCGGUGACUUUAACGAGAGCUAUGCCAUACCUUCCCAUUCAUUGACCGCAUUCAUUGAAAGGGGACUGAAGUUUGAACGCGAGGACAAAGAGAGUAGGUAUACAUACCAGACAUCAAAGUCGUUGGGAUUAAUUGUAAAAUCGGUGUCCGAUAUGAAGACAGUUCAGCGAAGAGUUUACGGCACAUUUGAUCCCACAAUUACCGCACCAUUUGUUUACAACACUGAACUCCUGAAGACUAACUCCGCGACCACAGAGACUUUUAUAGAGAGGGAUAUUAUCGUCGCUGUGAAUGAAAUGGCCGUCAAUUCUGUGUCCGAACUGAGAGAUUGUCUCCAAAAGUGUUCGACGGGUGAAGUCGUGGACAUAACUGUCAUCCGAUCUCUAAAUCCAAACAACAAAACACAUAUCAAAGUUAAACCCAAACUCAUUUCUGAGAUCAAUAUCGAAGGACUCGAUGGUGUACUCGUCAGUGAUGUCGAAGUCGAGGGGCGGACCAAACUUCUCGUCCGUUUUGUCGCCGUAGCCGACGGCGCCGCUGAGGCCCACACCGACGCUCGCCAUAUGACGGGAGGCGGCGGUGGCCGACCGGCAGUUGUGUCCACUUUAUCGCCGCCACGCCUUACGCUAAACACAAGAACUGUUGAAUUGACCCGUCUCGUCCACCCGUUGGUCGUCAUCGAGAUCUUUGCCGUCAAACACGAGCCGCUGUUUCCCAUCGGCGGAGGCGGCGGACAAUUCGGUGCCGGCCUUCUUGGCGAUCAACCGCUUGAGUUGGGCCACAGUCUGGAACUGAAGGACACUCACUCUCACCAUCUGAUCGGUCAUUUUGAUGCGCGCGUUGACAGAGAUGGCCGACGGGUGCGGUUGAUGGACGCCAUUCUUGGCCUUCGGUUUGCCACCGAUGGACAGCUUCGGCCGAUAAGCGCGGCCCGCCUUCAACGCGAUGGUCACCCGAUUGGAUAUGAUGUGAAUCUCAGUGUUGGCGUCGAUCUCUCCCGCGGGAUACAUGUCGGCGAACGACUGGCCGUCGGGUCUGUUGGGUGUCAUAAACCUGAGCCGAUGGCCGCAGUCUUCGAGAAUGUCGUAGACUUCAAACGUGCGGCGCUUUAUCACAAACGACCUCUUCGUUCCGUACGUAAUAUCCAUCCAAAUGUCAAAACCCGGCGACUGGUUCUCCACUUUGAUCUCAAAGUCGGUGUCCUUAUCGUCGAAAAGAGCGACAAAACUGCGGCCAUCGAAGCCAUCCAAGUCUAG